AAAAAUGAAACUUGUUUUAGUCAUUAAUUAUGUCGCCAAAGUGUAGUUGAUUAGUGGGUGCAACAACACAAGUGAACGUUAUUUGUGCAAAGUAUCUUGAAAAAUAAAAAAGUGUUACGACAAAUUUAUAAAGUGAGCAGAAGAGACGACGCGGAGUCCCGCAGUGCGUGCGUGUGUGUGUGUGUGUGUUGGUGUGUGCGUGUGUUGGUGGAAAGAAAAAGCAAAUGCCGAGGCGACUCCAAGAGCAUUUGCAAUAUUAGAAAACAUAUUCGAAGUCGCAGUGCAAAAGGAGAAGAAGGAGGGUGGACACAGGGACAGGCACCUAAAACCCGCACCCCGCGUAGCAUACGCAUAGAGAGUACCCACCUCGACCACGACCACACGACACUUUUUCUAUUUGUUGUCUGAGGGAAAUGCAUGAUCAAAAAUUUUCAAUGCAUGUUUAAAUUAUAAUUGUUAUAAAAACCAAAAUUAAAAGACAUCAAUCGGGAGUUCGACCCAAGAAAGGACUUAUAACUAGGUCGACAAUUUUUCCAAUCGACCGUCGCCCUUGUCCUGUCUGCCCCACACAAUCGGAUUUUAAAAAAACAACAAAAAUGAUGAUACAAGAACCUGUGCAGGCGGCCAUAUGGCAUUGUCUGAACCAUUACGACCUCAAGGAUGCCAUUUUCCUUUCCGAACGUCUAUGCUCUGAAGUUGAAAGUGAUGAAACGAUCUUUCUAUUGGCCACCAGUUAUUUUCGAUCCAAUCUCAUUCAUCAGGCCUAUUGGUUGCUCAAAGAGAAGUCACGCCGUUCACCACAAUGCCGUUUCCUGCAGGCGAAAUGUGCCUUCGAGCUAAAGAAUUACGCUGAUGCGGAAAGUAUUUUAAUAACCACUGGCUAUGUGGAUACAAAACAUUUUGAUGAUUUGCAAAAGGAGUUUGGUGAACUGGCCUGCUUUGUUUAUCAGCUGUUGGCGCAAAUUUGCAUGCAAACCGAACGCCAUAAAUUAGCGGUUCAGGCAUUGAGACGAACGCUAAAGUUGAAUCCAUUCAUGUGGAGUGCAUUUACCGAUCUGUGCCUGCUGGGACAGGAUGCAGAUGUUGGUUCAAUAUUUCAAAUACAAAGCACAGAUGUGUUCAAUACGUGUCAAGGAAGCACAGCGAAUGCCAAUGCUAUGGUCAUCUUUGGAAGCAAUGGCGUCAAUGGUGGUGGUAGUAUUGGUGUUGGAGGAGGAGUAGGAGGAGGAGGAGCCAGUUGCGAUAAAGAGCAGUUAACCAACUAUUUAUUGAAUACGCCCAUAGAUCAGCAGCAACCAAUUCAAACGCCGCCAAAUCAUUUAAAUAAUAAUAACAUUAAUCUCAAUAGCUCCAUUGGCAUGCUAAGAGGUUGUACUGGUAGUGGUGGAGUAGGAACUGGCCUUUUGGAAGAUACCCCAAUGUCUGGGUACAAUCAAGAGUACGAUGUCACACCCUUUCGCAAGCAAAUCAAAUAUCUAUCCACCUUUUCACCCAGUUUUGGUAUUAUGCCUCUAACCAGUCCAUGUGCUGGCGGAGACAACUCCUAUUCCUCCUAUCAUGGCUCACCCCUGCCACAGAUUUUCUCCGAGGUUAAUCAAGAUGCGAAAAUAAUGGGCAAAAAACUCAAAACAAUUGGUGUGGUUGGUGGAGGAGUAGGCGGCGGCAUAAUCAAUCGCAAGGAUGUAAAGCCAAAUGUAUUCACCCAAGCUGGCAAUAUCACUCCACGUACGCCUAUUAGCAACAAUAGCAUUAAUAAUAAUGUUAGCCAGGCCAAUGGUAAUCCCAUUACCGGUAAUCCCAAUAAUGCCGUCAGACGGAGCUCUCGACUUUUCAGCAAUUCCACCUAUUCAUCGGUUAAGGAGAACAACAAAUCAACCAAUUUCACUAAUAAUAAAUUUGUCCAGCCUCGAUCACCGCCGAGGAAAACCAAAAAUCGCAUACCCAAAAUAUGCUUGAAUAAUGAACUAAAAGAGAAAGUGGAGACUAUAACCACUUCCUCGAUAGCAUCUAAUAAUAAUAACAACAAUAAUAACAACAAUAAUGCAAGAAAUCCAACGGAGGAGGCAAAAGUGUUGCUCAACAACAGCCUCAAUAAUGCCCAAACGAUGGCUCAUCAAUUGCUGAAUCUUAAAAAGCAAUCGGCAGAUGGCCUUAUGUCCCUAUUAAGAGACUUGGCUGAUGGCUAUAAACUUCUCUCCAAUUAUAGAUGUAAGGCAUCCAUUAAGCAUUUGGAAACAACAAUACCAAAGCAUCAUUUAUCCUCCAGUUGGGUGCAAUCGUUGAUUGGUCAGGCAUUCUACGAGCAAAGGGAUUAUGAGUCAGCUAUCUCAAUAUUUCGACAAAUACACGAGAUGGAUCCUUAUCGUUUGGAUUAUAUGGAAAUCUAUUCCACAUCGCUAUGGCAUUUACAGCGAGAAGUAGAACUCUCUGCCUUGGCACAGGAUUUAAUCAAUCAGGAUAAACGUAAUCCCAUUACCUGGUGCGUUUCUGGAAAUUGUUUCUCCCUGCACAAGGAGCAUGAAACAGCCAUUAAAUUUUUAAAACGCGCUGUCCAAAUUGAUCCCGAUUUCGUUUAUAGUUACACUCUCCUCGGCCAUGAAUUGGUCCUUACGGAAGAAUUUGAUAAAGCCAUGGAUUAUUUCCGUUCGGCUGUUGUACGAGAUCCAAGACAUUAUAAUGCCUGGUGUGGCAUUGGUACCAUCUAUUCCAAGCAGGAGAAAUAUGAGCUAGCCGAAUUGCAUUAUAUAAAGGCACUGAAGAUUAAUCCACAGAAUUCUGUUAUCCUCGUACACAUCGGGGCCAUGCAAUUUUUUAUGCAAAAGAAGGACUUGGCACUGCAAACUCUCAAUACAGCAGCCACAUUAGAUCCAAAGAAUCCAUUGGCUAGAUUUCAUCGGGGCUCCAUUUAUUUCUCAUUGGGCAAAUAUCAAGAAGCCUUGCGUGAACUCGAAGAGCUUAAAGAGAUUGUACCGAAGGAAUCGGUGGUUUUCUAUCUUAUUGGCAAAAUACAUAAGACUCUUGGUAAUAUGGAUUUGGCCCUAAUGCAUUUCAGUUGGGCCACCGAUUUAGAUCCCAAGGGUGCCAAUAACCAAAUCAAAGAUGCCUUCGAUUCAAUGGCACAUCCCAGCUGUUGUCCGGCCACUUCAUCUGCCAAUGAUACAAACACUUUGGAUGUUGACUUUGAGCCCACUUCAGAGCGUUCCGAUGACUCAACGCAGGCUCAGCAGGAUGUUAGCUAUGAUAGUGACUAUUAAAACGAAUCCGAGAGCACACGCAUAGAAUUGAGAGGGAGAGAGAGACAAGUCCUGUGGUUGUAUAUACAGAAAUUAACAAAACAAAAAAAAAAAAAACGAAAGGAAAACACAAAAACAACAAAAGAUAAAAACAAAAGGAAAUCGAGAUUUGUGUGGAGAGAAAGAUGUUGAUGAAACCAAUUAAAAUGAAUGAAGUAUAAUUAAUAAUUAAACAAAAAUGUCUAGAUAACUUUUAGAAUUAGUAAUUUAAAAUACAACAACAGCAAAAGAAAAACAUAAACAAAACUCUAAGCAACAGCAACAACAAUUAUAAAUUACCUUUAAAAUACUAUACACGAAAAACUGAUGGCAACACUUUUAAAUUUUAAGUUGAGGUAUCACAGAAAAGAAUAAAAUAUGGCAGAAAUAGGACAUUAGAAAAGUUCACUCAGCUAAAAUUUAUGAUGAUCUGGGCCAUGGGCCACACCAACAACAACAUCAACAAGAAAAACAAAUAAUAUA